UUUUUUUUUUCUUCUUCCCCUUUCUCUAACUCACUUUCUUUUUGAUGUCCAUACUUUGAUAAUGAACAAUGAUAGUACAGCUACUACUAGUGAAAAGUAUGUCUUGUCAUGUCACUUUUACAUCUAAGUUCUUGAUCUCAUUCUUCUUCUUAUUAUUAUUUUUAUUGCUAACAUCGCGUUUCUAGGGUUCCAUCUUGGGCAAAGAAACCAAUCCUAGGCUUCUCUACAUGGUCUACACAGAUAUUAGAUAGUAUACCAGGCUAUGGUGGAAAACAUAUUAAACCAUGGUUUAAUGAUCAGGUACUCCGUGAUAUCUCCUUGGCGAUGAAAGCGAAAAUGCCUCAAUACGAAUAUAUCAAUAUGGAUUCUGGAUGGUGCCAGACUUACGACGAAUAUGGAAGGUGGACAUAUUGUAAAAACUUAUUUCCGCACGGACUACGUUCUUUAUCGGACUACUUGGCAAGCAAUGGACACAAAUUGGGUAUUUACAUACUACCGGGAAUUCGGAAAGAUGCUGCAGAAGAUUCAAGUAUCAUGAUCAAGGGUACACAACAUCCAAUAGGUGACAUUGUCAAAAAUAAACGUGAUGGGAAUGGAUUUUUGGGUACGACAUAUAUGCCAGAUGAUGAUCAAGAUACAUUAGCGCAACUGUAUUAUGACUCUUUGGGUGAAUUAUUUGCGGAAUGGGGUAUAUCUUUUGUCAAGAUUGAUGGUUGUGGACCAGGUGGUGGUGAUGCUUUACGACCUAAUCAAUCUCCAGAUAAUCGCAAAUGUAUAGCAAUGAUGAAAAAGGCCUUUGAAAAACACAAUAUUUGGAUGGAACUUUCCUGGUACCUGGAUGCAAGUCUUGCUGAUGAAUGGGCUACACUUGGUAAUGGUGCUCGAAUCUUCAUUGAUAUUGAAUCUUACUCGAAAAGAUCCAUGACAAGUUCUUUACGGGUCUUCCAACGUAUCACACAAGCGGCCAAUUGGGCAGAUACUGGUGCAGUGGGUUCUCAUCGUGGAUUUUACAUCGACCUGGAUGUAGUGACAGUAGGUAUGACAGUAGAUGGUAAAUGUAUCGAUGGUCUAGACAAUGACGAUGUACGACUAUCAUAUAUUACUUUUUGGGCAAUCACUAGUUCGAUUUUUUGUCUUGGCGCUGACCCUCGUUGUAUUCCCGACAAAUACUUGGCAUGGUUCAAUCAUCCUGAUAUGUUGACUAUACAUCAAUCUGGCAUCAUGGCUAGGCCUAUUCAAUCUGGAAAUGCUUGGACUAAUCGUCGACAAAUCUGGUGGAAAACUUUACCUGAUGGUCGUGUCGCUGUAGGACUCUUCAAUACUAGUGUAUUUAUGUUUAUGUUGGGCAAAAGUUAUGAUCUCAAGUUUACUAUGAGUGAAGUGGGUUUGAAACAAGCAAUCAUCAAGGAUGUCUGGACAGGUGAAUCUUUGGGAAAAUCAUCAAGUCAUUAUACCGUUAUUCUACGCCCUGGUCAAUGUAAGCUUUUACUUUUGACUCCUUGUCAUGAUAAUGUAGUUUUAGUGUAAUUAUUUGUUAGAUAUAGAUAUGUAUAUAUAUAUAUAUAUAU